AUUGGGUUGUAUUGCAUCAGGGAAAAUCCACUUAGAAGAGGGAAAUGUCUUCAUUCCUAUAAAGGUUGAACAUAAUCAUCCUAGAGACGACAACAGAGUUGAAACAAUGGAUUUUAGAAUUCAGCUACGGGAGGCCUGUGUUCGAGAAAGAGGAACCCUUAAAAAUAUUUAUGAGCGCGUUGCCGCAAGAAACGUGGAUGGUGCUGUUGAGGUUCCAUUUAAUGUGAUUCGCCGUUCAAUGUUGAGAUGGAGCCAGGCAACGAGGCCUAAUGUCCCGGCAACUUUAACGGAACUGGCAGACAUAUUUCGAACAGGUGUGGUCGAAGCCAAUGGACUUACUGCGGUGGUUUUUGGCAAUAGGGAAUUUAUAGGAAACUUCAUUGACUCCCAACACACAUUCAUUGAUGGAACCUUCAAGGCAGUACCGAGAAGACCUAACUUUUGUCAAAUCUUGACCAUAUUUGCCACUUGCAUGGAUCAUGUAAGUAUAACAGCUAUAGGAUUUAAAAAUUCAUAG